UGCUUCGUGGAAGAGGAAUUGACAGUUGAACUGCGGGACUGUGGAAGUUAAGAACACUUUAUUGCGUUUCAGCCCUCGAAUGAAGCCCGAGAGCGACAAGGCGGUGGCGGCGGCGGCGGAGAAACAGAGGAGGAGGAGGAGGAGUAGGAGAGCGGAGGAACAGAGGAGGGGCAGCUCCGGCGAGGUACGGUACUUGGGGGUGAGGAAGAGGCACUGGGGGAAGUGGGUGUCGGAGAUCCGCCUCCCGCGGAGCCGGGAGAGGAUAUGGCUCGGUUCUUACGACGCGCCGGAGAAGGCUGCGCGGGCCUUCGACGCGGCCGCGUUCUGUCUCCGCGGCGCCGCAGCUCGGCUCAAUUUCCCCGACCAACUCCCGGCCGAAUUCACUACGGCGGCAGCGUCGCAGGAGCAAAUCCAGGCCGCGGCGGCGCGGCACGCCAGCAAUCAGCCCCCGCCGGUGAUGGAAGAGACGUUGCCGGCUUCGCCGGCGCUUGUCGGCGAGGAAUUCCUUUUUGCGCACGACGAUUUCUGGUGCGAAUUACAUCCGGUGGCUGCGGGGAACCAACGCCUUGAGCGGCCGGCGGCGGCAGUGGCGGAGGACCUGGAGGCGACGCCGGAUAACCAGGAGAAGCCGGUGCCGGAGAAGUUAAUGGAAGUGCGUGAUGAUUUUUACCCUUUCGCGUACGAGGACUUCUUCUCCGAUGAGUUUUUUCCGGUGGCGGCGCAGCCGCCGGAUUGCAACGAGGAUCGGAUUGAGAUCUUUGAUGAAUUCCCAACUCUUUGGAGCUUCUAGAAGCGGAAGAAGACAACAAGUAGCACACCUUUUUUUAGCUUUAUUUUUAUUUAUUUUUUUUCCUGCUAGUCUUAAUUAAGUUGGUAAUUAUUAUUAACCAGCUUAAUUGGCAGCAGUGAAUUAAUUAUUGUGAACAAAUCAAAAGGACGAUCGUUUUAUUAGCAUCGUCCCGAUUUUCCUCAUUCAUUUCUUAUCAAAUUAAUAUUCUAUUCCA